AUGAUAGUGGCAGCCAGGUUAUCGACGAUUCUACAAAAGGCGGCCGCUGGAAAACCCGACUUAGCGAAUCACUUCCAGGCGGCAGCGGCGGCGGCGGCGGUAGCAACGGCAGCGGCAGCAGCGGCGGCGGCAGCGGCAGAGGCAGCAGCGGCGGCGGCGGCGGCAGAGGCAGCAGCGGCGGCGGCGGCGGCUGCGGCAGUGGCUGCAGCGGCGGCAGCGGCAGCGUCGACAGCGGCGGCGGCGGCGGCAACGGCGACAGCGGCAGCAGUGGCGGCGGCAACAGCGGCGGCGGCGGCAGAGGCAACGGCAGCAGCAGAGGCGGCAGAGGCAGCGGUAAUGGCAGAAGCAGCGGCGGCGGCACCGGCAGCGUCGGCACCGGCGGCUGUGGCGGCGGCGGCAGCGGCAGCAGCGGAGGCAGCGGCGGCGGCACCGGCAGCGGCGGCAGCAGCAGCGGCAGCGGCGGCAGCGGCAGCGGCGGCAGCGGCAGCGGCGGCAGCGGCAGCGGCAGCGGCGGCAGCGGCAGCAGCAGUAGUAGGUGCAGUAGUAGUAGUUUGUAGUGAUAGCAGCAGCAGCGGCAACAGCAGUUGUAGGAGCGGCGGCGGCGGCAGCAGCGGCGGCAGCGGCAGCGGCAACAGCAGCAACGGUAGUGGUAGCAGUAGUAGUAGUUUGUAG